GGACACCUCUUCAGCCCGCGCAUACGUCAGAUCUGCUGGGAGUGUAUAAAAGGAGAUGGGGACUCCAAAAGAGGGAGAGCAAGCACUCCUCAACUCACUGCCAGGUCUGGUGUUUGAUAGAGAGAAGAUUUUUUUACUCAGGAAAGAAAACUUGCGAAGAUGUGGAAAGUCUCUGUCGUUGUGAUCCUCUGCGUUACACUGGUGUCAGCGUCGUGCCCGCAGGACUGUCAGUGUCCCCCUGACACCCCCAGAUGUGCAACAGGAGUCAGUCUCAUGCUGGACGGCUGUGGAUGCUGUAAAGUUUGCGCACGACAGCUCUUUGAGGACUGCAGCAAGGCACUGCCAUGUGACCACACAAAGGGCCUGGAGUGUAACUUUGGAGGGAGAUAUGGCUCUGCUAAGGGCAUCUGUCGAGCCAAAGCAGACGGGAGAACUUGUGAGUACAACAACAAGAUUUACCAGAACGGGGAAAUCUUCCGUCCAAACUGCAAACACCAGUGCACUUGUAUGGACGGUGCUGUUGGAUGUGUCUCCCUCUGCCCACAUGAGCUCACUCUGCCCAAACUGGGCUGUGCCAAGCCCAAGCGGGUCAAGGUGCCAGGGCGGUGCUGUGAACAACUCGUCUGCCCCGAGGAGGCAAAGACAGAGAGCUCGGUGGUGAAGAAGCACAUAAAAAAGCACAGCAAAGACAGCAGACCAUCCGAAGACGACCUUACCAACAGGAAUGAGUUGGCUCCUGUGUGGAGAGGAGACUCAAAGUCUUUACCUGCUUUCAGGAGCCACCCAAUGUGCGUGUCUCAAACCACAGCUUGGUCGCCUUGCUCCAAAUCCUGCGGCACUGGAGUGUCCACCAGGGUGACCAACAGCAACACCAAGUGCAAACUGGUGAAAGAGACUCGGAUCUGUGAAAUCCGCCCAUGCAACCACACGCCCUCUACCACAUUAAAGAAAGGUCAGAAAUGCAACCACACAGAAAAGGCCAUCCGUCCAGUUAAACUGUCCUACACAGGCUGCCGUAGCCUGAAAAAGUUCCAGCCAAGUUACUGCGGGUCCUGCUCAGACGGGCGAUGCUGCAGGCCUCACCGAACCCAGACGUCGCCCGUCCGCUUCCGAUGCAGAAAUGGCGAGUUCAUCAGCAGGAUGGUGAUGAUGAUUGAGUCUUGCAAGUGUAACACUGACUGCUCUGGCAGCAACAAAAAGACCGCCGCCCACUACAGACUUUUUAAUGACAUUCACAAACUGAGAAUGUAAAGCUCUGAAUUCAAGUUGGAAAGAAGACCCUUAAAGUGUCAUAGAACAAUGUACACUUUGAGGUUGCAGACAUCUGUAGGAUGAAUGUCUUGAACUAUACUGUUCAUGAUUUUUGCUUCAUAACAUUGGAGCCUCGUGGUUUGUUUCUUUUUGAAGCAGUUUUUUUACAUUGUGAAAAUUCUUGUUUUCUAGUUUAACCAAAAUGUGUUUUCCACUUUUAUUUUAUAUAAUAAUUCACAUAUUUAAGCCUCUCUUGACAAGACAUGUCACAUGACAACAUGGAAAUGACACAAAAUCUAUGGCAGCUACUAAAUCAAAGUCAUUACACACAUGUCGCCAUGUUUCUGUUGAUCUACUGUACUUAUUCAUUUUAUUUAUAAGGAAUAAUAUUUCAUACUUCACUUAAUGCAUUGUUAGAUGUAAUUAUGGGAUAUUCUAUGAUAAUAUGGGUUUAACAUGUGUUGGAAUAUGACUGGAGACUGGAAAUGUACUGUACCAUAUGUGAGUUGGUGAAUUAACUGCCAUGUUUGCAAUUUGAUGUUUUAAUUUUUCACAAAUAAACACAUAAAACAA